UCACCAUCAAAGAAGGGGGGGAAAGGGAAAAAAGAAAAACAAAAUACAUUUUUUGUUAAGAUUGUCUCACCAUAAUUUCUUUCAACUUUCUCAUUUACCCUGCAGAUUCAUUCGAGUCUCGGCUUCUUAUAAUCAAACACAAAUUCAACAUGAAAGCCUCUCCACAAUCUCUCCGCCAUGUCAGGGCGUCUAGAAGGGCUUUCUCAUCGACAGCACGGAGGUUAGACACAUAUGGCUUUAUCGGGCUGGGGCAGAUGGGUUACCAAAUGGCCAAGAAUCUUCAGUCAAAGCUUUCUCCGUCAGACACCGUUCGUCUGUACGACAUCAACCGUGACGCAAUGCAGAGGUUGGCAGGGGAGAUGAAGACGUCCUCAAAAACGGACACGACACGCGGGGCGGCGGUUGAGCUGGCCGAGUCUGGCGAGGCUGCUUCGGCCGGAGCGGACACUGUCAUAACAGUGCUCCCUGAGCCGAUCCACGUAAAGACGGUCUACAAAUCCAUCAUCGCUUCCCAGUCCCAAAACGGCAAGCAAAAACCAUGCCUCUUCAUCGACUGCUCGACCAUCGACCCAUCCUCGUCCAGGGAGGUGGCAAAGGCAGUAGCGGCGGCCGGGUCGACGUUUGCGGACGCGCCCAUGUCGGGAGGCGUGGUUGGAGCCACGGCGGGGACGCUCACUUUUAUGCUCGGCUGCGAGAGGCCGGAGCUGGUCGGGCGGAUCGAGCCGGUGCUGCUCAAGAUGGGCCGGCGGGUGCUGCACUGCGGCGCCCAGGGCACGGGCCUGUCGGCCAAGCUGGCCAACAACUACCUCCUCGCCAUCUCCAACGUGGCCACGGCCGAGGCCAUGAAUCUGGGGAUCCGGUGGGGGUUGGACCCCAAGGUCUUGGCGGGCGUCAUCAACGCCUCGACGGGCAGGUGCUGGCCCAGCGAGACCAACAACCCCGUCCCCGGCGUGGUGGACGGCGCGCCGGCGGGACGGGACUACGCUGGAGGGUUCGGAAUCGCGCUGAUGCGCAAGGACCUGGGCUUGGCCAUCAAGGCGGCGCAGGAGGCGGGGGCCAGGCUCGAGCUGGCUGACAGGGCCAAGGAGAUUUACGACGCGGCGGACAAGGAGGAGAGGUGCAAGGGGAGGGACUUUAGCGUCGUUUAUCGCCACAUAGGGGGAAAGGAAUGAAACUGGAGGUUCUGAGUUGAUCCUCUUCGUUUCUUAAUCAUAAAGAAACACAAGUCAAUAAACCCCUUUGGUCUUAUCUUUUUUCUCCCUUUCCAUCCUUUAUGACAUGCUAAUUUGGGUUAGUGUGUAACUUGGCGCGUAAUUUACAGCCAUGUAUAGGUCAGUUUCGAUGGCAAUCCAGCUGAUGUACGCCAGUUUGUUGAGAGAGUAGCGAGUCCGUAUGUAGAUAGGUCCGUACAGAACACAGGGGAUGACCUUGCUAAGUCAAGCCUUUCCGUGUUUGUCAAACCCGCUCCAUGGAAAGACAUUCAGACCAAAACAAGGCUCAUUCAACUAAGAAGAGCCCUUGUGAAACAGCUACGCAGCAAAUGCCAGUGGUAAUUGAGAAGGAAAAAAAUCACUUUCCACAUCUCGAAGAGUGAAGCAAAGACCAAAUGCAAAAAGAACUAAGACAACUUGUACUUUCUUCCCGGGGUAUUAUAACCAGAUAUCUAAUGCUUCUGAGACAUGAGCUCCACAAAUUCUUGGUCUGAAGUCGAUCGAACCGUUCCCAUCCAGGUCGGCGUGGGCAAUCAUUUCGUCGAUCUCGGCCGGGGUAUAACCCAGAGGCCGCAGGGCAUGGCGCAGCUCCUCGGGGGAGAUGGACCCGCUGCCGUCCGAAUCAAAGACCUUGAAGGCGGCCAGCAGCUCACGCUCGUCCUUUUUGGAGUCCUUUGUCCUCUCGUUAGGGUUUAGGGCAUCGUGUGUCUCGGGAUGCGACAUGACCCGGAGAAACUCUUUCAAGACGCGUAAAGGAGGGGCUUCUGUUAGCCGUCAUGAUGCCCUGUUUUCGAUCAUGAACAGAUUUGACCUUUUUAUCGGAAUUUAUGGUGAAGGGGUGAACAAUACCG